CCCCAGCUGCACAUGGGUUCUACCUGCAUCCUGUCCCGCUGGCCAUGGUGUGCGCGGGGCUUCCCGGUGCACCGUGUGUGGCCACACUGAGCACGCUCCCGUGCCUUGCAGACGGACCAGCAGGCAGAGGCUCGCGCCUUCCUCAGCGAGGAGAUGAUCGCGGAGUUCAAGGCCGCCUUCGACAUGUUUGAUGCUGACGGCGGUGGAGACAUCAGCACCAGGGAGCUGGGGACGGUGAUGAGGAUGCUGGGCCAGAACCCCACAAAGGAGGAGCUGGAUGCCAUCAUAGAGGAGGUGGACGAGGAUGGCAGCGGCACCAUUGACUUUGAGGAGUUCUUGGUGAUGAUGGUGCGCCAGAUGAAAGAGGACGCCAAGGGCAAGUCUGAGGAGGAGUUGGCCAACUGCUUCCGCAUCUUUGACCGGAAUGCAGACGGGUUCAUCGACAUCGAGGAGCUGGGUGAGAUCCUGAGGGCCACUGGGGAGCACGUCACUGAUGAAGACAUUGAAGACAUGAUGAAGGACUCGGACAAGAACAACGACGGCCGCAUCGACUUUGAUGAGUUCCUGAAGAUGAUGGAGGGGGUGCAGUAAAGGACCAGACAUUCCUGGGGCCGGCAGCUGCGCCCAGCCCCUCUCCACCGGGGAGCAGCAGCUCCGCAGCGCCAGGCCCCCAGCCCCGGCUGCGCCCUGCCCUGCGUCGACCCCGCUGCCGUGGCCGAGCUUUUCCUCCGUGUGUGGUUUCAGUGUGAUCCUCAAUAAAAGGGGAGAGGCUCG